AUGCAACAAGAGAUAGAGAACGCUAAGAGAGAAAUCCAAUUCCGGCGCAACAGCUUGACUCUUGAAGCAGCACUUAGCCAAGUUCUCCACCUCAAGCUGGCUGAACUCGCCGCAAAGAACAACCUCACGGCUUCCAUCACCCGAACUCCCACCCACGAUUUCCUGGACAAGAAACGUCCCAACCUCGAAUCCCACAUCAAAGAAACUAAGAACUUCGUCGUCGAUACCCUCCUCGCAGAAUUUAAGCGACUAGAGACUGAAAGCCGCAUCAUCAAAGCCGGAUUACGAAUCAACUUUGGCGGCGACCAUCAGUGUGGCCACUGCAACAAAAUCACUCAUACGUCUGACAACUGCUGA